CUCAUUUUCUCGUUUUCAAAAGAAACGAAAAAGAUUUUAAACUUGUAACAAAGUCUAUUCACCCCCCCCCCCUCUAGACUUUGUAUUUCACCACUUUGGGACCACCAAACCCUAAUUUCUUCAGAUCUUCUCACUCAAAUUUCUGAGAAAAUGAAGAUUGUUGGCGCUAAUAUCCAUUUCCAGAAGUUGGAAGCCAAGUGCUCCUCACCAACGUUCUAUCAAUCCUAUCUGGAGAUGAUUGCUGCUCAAGAGCUCUCCGAAUUUCUUCAUAUGGAGAUUCGAUUCAAGUAUGAGAACGAAGUUCUUGAAUUCUACAAGAAUGGAAAGGUCAAGACUGUCAAAUCGAAGAAGGACCCACACAGGACGAUUCAAGUCAUCAAUUCCAUUGUUGGAGGGACCAAAGUGAAGCUUUCGCAGAAGAAAUUGGGAGAAAAGCUUCACCUUCCCAAUUCUGGAGUUGAAAUUGGGAGACUUCCAGCCAAGAAUCUAGAUUGGAAUAUUAUUGGAAUUUCUGGGCAAGCUCCCUCUGGCCUAGCGAAGAAAGCUGAUCUGAACAACGACUACAAGCUAGUCCUUGAACUGGUCAUCGCAUGCCUCGAGUGUGGAAGUGGAGGACAUGCUGAUGACAUCACCCAAGAGAGGGCCUUCAUCAUCAAUUCCCUCAUUACCAUGUCUAAGGUAAAUUGGGCUGCACAUUUCUUCAAUUCCAUCUCAAAGCAUCUGGGAAAACCCAACCAGAAAUACCUUUGUCAAGGUCUGUACAUUGGACAUAUCUUGGAGUCUUGGGUGCUGCUUCUGAAGGAAAGAAGUAUGAAGCCAGAUAUUGGCUAUACUACCUGUCUUCCAAAGGGGAAAACAGACCUGGUGCUAGCACAACUGCAGAGGAUGAAGCCUCUUCAGACAAUUUUCCUUGUUGAAGCACCACAGAAUCUUGCUCUGGUUAAUAUGGAAGAAGAAGAAGUCACUGCCCAAGAAGAGCUUCAACGGAAGAAGAAGAGAAAAAUCACCAAUCCCUCAACUUCUGGAAAUGUCAACCCGGAUAAGUUGAAGGAGAAGGAACCAGUUGAGGAAAACUCUGCCCACAACCAGGGUCCUCAACAACUUGAAGAAGAAGUUCAUCAAGUCCAUAGUCUUCCAACCUCCUCACCUCAACCUCAAACAGAUGAUGUUGAUAACCAAUUCUGGCAGCUCUACUAUGACUGGAGAGCUUGGAAGGUUGGAAAUUCAGCAGAGCAGUUGUUGGGAUGGGAUCAACAAUUGAAGAAUGAAAAGAUCAUCAAGAAGUGCUUGGGACUGCCAGUCAACCACAGCUGUGAACAAAUCUUGGAUAAUGACUGGGUAUGGCAAAGGAACUAUGAAGACUUGCGUCUGGAAUACUUGGCCACCACACCAGCUUCAGAAUUUGAAGCGGAUGAUGAAGAUCCUUCAGUCUACAAGCCGAUCUUCUCAAAAGCCUCAGAAGAUCAGAUGAUUCUCACUUCUAAAGCACAAGCUGAUUUGGAAACAACAGCUGAGGAUUUCCCAGUCUUUCCGGAAACCUCACGUGCCUUUGUAACGGUUCUGCCUGAAGCUGACCAAGAGAAUGCAGCCUCUACUCCACUAGAACAGAACCAAGAAGCAUCAGAAGAAGAAAUUCAGCAACCUCUCAAAUCUCAAGUCCUUGAGAUUCUCACAACUCCUUGUGAGAUCUCCAACCAGCCUGAACUUGAGAUCCCGGAGAAGUCAGGAGAAAAUCUGGAGCAGUCCACUCCUCCAGAAACGAAUGAAGUCCAAGAAGAGCAAGCUGUAGAAAUCCAAAGGACUUCUACAGAAGCUGAAAAGGAAGUUCAAAUGGCAACACUGGAGGCCCCUGAAACUCCAGUAGCUGUUUUUGAAGAGCAGAAUGAAGGUGAAGAAAGAGACUCCCUCUCUAGGAAUAUAUCAAAUUUUAUACUUGAUGAAGCAGAAGAAGAAUCUGAAAGGACGCUGAAGAUUGAUGAUGAAGAAGAUGUGCAAGAAGAUGCUGAAUCUCUUCCUAUGCAACUCUUCCAAAGAACAUCCUCUUCUCAUCAGGUAACCAACUUUCAUUUCCAUAGCUCUUCCAUUUCUACACUUCCGGAUGAAGUACCGGAAACCUGGACAAAGAAGGUCCAAGGGUUGAUUGAAUCAGCCCUAGCAUCUCAGCAUGCCUCCUUUAGGCAAGAGAUAGAGCAGAUGGAAGCCAGGCACAACAUGAUGAUUGAGAAAUCUGAAGAGAAACACAGCUCAGAUCUCAAGGAGAUAAGCAAGUCAGUACACAAGACUCUAGAGAUCAUCUCUCUAUUGAGUAACUCUGUGAGCGACACAAUGGAGACAUAUGCAUCUGACAGUUAUCUUCAACUCAAAGAAGUCAAUAAAAUCAGAGAGCAAAUAGCAAAUGUCACAGUUAGUUUACAGAAGCAGAUGUCCCUUCUCCAAAUGGACAUCAGAUCAGCCCUAGCAGUGUCUCCAGCAAAUCAGGUAGUAACCAAAGACUACUUGAAGGUUAUUAUUGACAAUCAGAAGGAAGCACACAGACUGUUCAGACACUUAAGCACAAGCUCUGGCAACCGCAAGAUGGAAGUGAUUCUUCAACAACACAGUCCAUCCUUGAUUCUAGAGCUCCCUAUUACAGUCAAGGAAGGAGAAAUGUCUUAUGUUCCUUCGCAUCUGAACAUGACUGACCUGAUCCUCGAUGUUGGACAGCGCUGUAGGGAAGCGUACAUCGUUGUUCCCGAAGUUUCAAGAAAUCCAACCUUGGCUCAACAGCGAUGUCUUGUGUGCAACAUCGCUGUUGGAAGACUUAACGCCAAACUAUGGUUUUCAGCUACUCAAGCCAGACAGCGCUGUUGGGUGCACCAACAUCGCUGUUGGGCUGGUUUAGCCAGACCCAUGGUUGGUUUAGUCAUGCCGUUAGCCGAUGUCAAAAACAGAACUAAUCCGGAGAACUCAGCACAGCAUCUAUCUAGCUCUGGACUGGAUGGAACAGAGGCUGUUGGAACCAUUGUCUCCCAUUUCUCAAAUGAUGCCCAAACAGAGGAGAGACGCAACAACAUAAGGCGCAUCGAAGAACUGUGUGGAAACAUGCAAGGCAUUAGGUUGGAAAGUGUCGGCAGAGGAGAAUCUACGAGGGCUUGGCGUGUAGCGACCCAUGUCAGUAGAGAACAACUGGAGAUGCUGAAGAAUCCAUCCAAGGCACUACCUGACAAAGGGAAUAAUCCCCCUCACAAGGCGACAAGCCAACAAAUCAACACUACCUCUGCUCAGGUGCAGGCCACCAACGAAGGCACCAGCAUCCCUGUGGCUGCUACCAUACCGGUCAUUUCAGCCUCGGUGUUGCCUUUGGGUCUGAGCUCUGUCCCGACGGCCAGCGUGAUCAGCCCCUUUGCGACCCCCGUCCCUUCCGCUGGACCGAGGGUCACAUUCCCACCAAGCAUGACUCAGUUCAUGAAUGACCCAGCCAACCUACAAGCCAUCCAGGGCUUCGGUCAAGUCAUGGCCAUGUGCCAGCAGAAUGGGGGGAUGCCUUUCCUCCCUGGUAUGUUCCCGUUCGCUCUUCCAGGCGCGGUAACCAUUCCCCUACAAGCCCCGAUGGCGGAGACGCCGUCCCAGACGCCGAUGCCGCAGCUAUCACCUUUCCAACCCCAGCUGGUCAGCACCAUGGCCCCUGUAAACUUGACCGGCGCACUUAACGCCGCAGGGCCGUCGCGUCCCCCGCAAGCUACGAAUCCACAGAUCACUCCUGAUGGUCAUUGCGUCUCAAUUGAGAGUGAUGACGGCGAGUGGGACAUUCGAGGGCCCACAAGAAGAAGAAAGGAAAAAACAUCCGUCCGGCAACUUCUCGAAACUCCGCCUUCGAAAGGCUGGGGGAUAGGGAAGAGGGCCAGAGAAAACGAAGAAAAGUGCCUCCUUUUCUUUCAAACCUUGCAGGACAGAGCUACUGAAUGGUUCAACAAGAUUCGCCCGGGAAACAUCGAUUCAUUCAGCGACUUGGCCUUGAAAUUCAAGGCCAAGUUCCAAGAGAACUGUACUAAGAGGAAGAAAUUCACCUAUCUUAGUACAGCCGGGCAGAGGGAGUCCGAGAACCUCACUCAAUUCCUUACCCGGUGGAAAGAGGAGGUAGACAAGGUGGAAGAGAUGGAUGACAAAACCGUCUUAUCCCUCCUCUUGAAUGGCUUGCGUGCUGGGGAACUAUACAAGGAGUUCUGCCGGAAACCCCCGGCCACGUACCAAGAGGCCUACCACACUGCAUGGGAGUUUGCUGAGGCUGAAACCCAACUCCGGGCAAAGAAAGAAGCUGAGCAUGGUUACAAGCCCCAGCCGGUGCAAGUCAAGAAGGAAGAAGCCCCGGGACCUAGCCGGCCAAGACACCACUAUGACCCGGUUGUCCGUGUGGUCAAUACAGAGGAAUGCCAAGAAAUCCGGAAAGCACCGGUCAUUCUUCCGGCAAACCCUACCGGUCAAACAGGGCGGCAAUGGUCGGGCACCUAUUGUUCGUACCACAGGUCAGAUUCCCAUAACACCUCUGAAUGCAAAGGUGUUAAGGGGGUGAUCCGGCAAAUGAUAGACAGUGGAGAACUGGGCAAAGAUUACCUGCAAAAGGCCCAGGAGAAGAACCACCAAUGGAUUAGGCCAGCAACCCAGGGAAAUGACCGGGAUACUGACCGGCGGAGGAAUAACCGAUACACAGCGAUGGAGAAAACAGCCUACGCGCUUUUCAUCUCCGCCAAAAAGUUAACAUCCUACUUCCAAGCUCACCCGGUAGAAGUCUUAACUGACCAACCGCUGGGUGCAGUGUUGCGAAAUUCAACAUCCUCCGGGAGGAUGGUGAAGUGGGCAAUGAUGUUAACUCAAUUCAAUAUUGAGUACCGGCCAAGGUCAGCAAUCAAUGGACAUGCCCUAGCUGACUUCCUAGUAGAAAUGACUGGUCUAACUCCAAACUUACCGGUCAACAAGCCCACUGAGCAAUGGUGGGAGAUGGCAGUUGACGGGGCAUCCGGUCCUAGAGGAUACGGGGGUGAAUAUGAAGCUCUGGCUGGAGGGCUCAGGCUUGCCCAAGCCCUGAAAAUCAGUCGGGUCAGUAUCAAAUCUGACUCUAGCCUGAUAGUUGGGCAGGUGACCGGUAACAUGGAAGCAAGGGAAGGACGCAUGGUACAAUACAAGGACCUUGUACUUGCCCUGUUGAGAGGCUUCGAAGAGUUCAAGAUCGCCCAAAUUCCCCGGGCGGAAAACGCGGACGCAGACCUUCUCUCAAAAAUUGACGCAGCCCCUAGGAAUUCUCCUUUUCUUGUUCUAAUGAUUGCCGCUCUAGUUGCUGUUGUGCUUCCAAUGGCUACUUUUCUCUUCAUUCUUGAAAAAUUGUCUAUUCCGCUCCUUCCAAUGCUCGUGUGCAAUGAUGCCAGGAGCGAUGUUGCACAGAUGUCUAUCGUGUUUCCCAAGUCGUCUUUCUUUCCACCAGUUUAUGAGGUAGCUUCUGAUACCAUGGUUGAUUGCCCCUCCUGUAUGGAAGACGUUCUUUAUAAGGAUCAAUCUACCACUCUGGCUAAGGAAUUUUUUGUGCCAGCCUUGGAAUCUGUUAUCAAAGUGGCCAUUUCUCAUUCCAAGAAUCUUCCUGGCCCUAGAGAUGUAUGCUGUGCUGGCCUUUUUGGGAGGGGUGAAGGUACUUUGCAGAGGAAUGGGGAUUCCAAGGAAGAACUCUUGGACAGCCUUGGUGCAAUCUUCCUUAAUGCAGUCCCAAUUAGUUUUAUAGAAGUUCCCAUUAAAACCAUCUGGUCCGGCUGCACUGUCAGGAUUCAUGGACCAGAUUGCAGCUUUGACUUCAUCCACAUUAGGAAGGGCAGUAAGAAUGGAGUUAUCUUCAUGGGUUAUAAGGAUAGGGAUGUUAUCCAGAAAUUGGGAGUCCAAAGUGGUGUCCUGCUCCCUGAAGAGGUUAUGGGAUCUAACACCAGACCAGGUGAAGGGGCUUCUAGAGAAGGGAGGGGAGAUGAGGCAGCUGUUGAUAAUGCAGUGAUCAAAGUCCUGAAUACUAUUAAGGCAAGGCCUGCUAUUGCCUUUGUGAUGAUCAAGGGAAGAGAUGCUGUUGAAGUCACCACCAAUAAUCCAGGGGGAAUUAGUGGAUUGGCUAGUUGUAUGCAGAUCAUCCCACAAAGGUUUUCUGUCAGAAGUGGGGAAUUUGCCAUAAACUGUAGUAAUGAGGAUAGGGUUAUUGUUGAGGGUGAAAUUGGUGUGGAUUGUUUGGGUUUGGUCAGAGUGGGUAAUGUAGGAAUUCAGUUUUGGUUCAAUGAUGGCACAAAAGGUGUUUCUUGUAAAGGAGGCUUUUUUGGAGUGGAAGUAGAAACAGGAAGUGUGAAGGAAGGCUCAGGGUUAAUUAUUCCAGGUGAAGGUAAGGGGAUAGGUUCUGAGUUUGAGGGAGUGGAAUUAAGAGUCAUCCUUGGAGAAGGUAAGCUCAGGUUCUUGAACCAGGCUGGAGGAGGGCAGCAGGUUGGAUUGGUUCUUUGUCCAGGAGAGAAGGCAAAUGUCAAAUAUUUCUUUAUGCACUAGGGUUUCCCAAUCCUCUUGGUUAUGGGGGGUCUCAGUUUGUGUUGGUGCUGUGGUGUUGUGAUUAAGUGUGGGAGCAGUAUCUCGAGUGAUGGGGGUAGCAGAGGUAGUAGGGUGGAGUGUUUCAGGGUUGUGGGGUGUUUUUUGGUAAUCUUCUGUGUGUAGGAUUGUGAAUGGGUUAUUUGUGGUUAAUGGGGUGGUAGUUUGUUUGGAGGUGGUUGGCUUUCUGGGUUGGGCUUCAAGUGUGGGGCGUUUGCUGUUUGAGGUUUUGGCUUGGUUAUUUUCGGGUCUAUAGGUGUGGGGU